AUGCAGCAUUCUUCAAUAGAGACGAAUACACCUCCUGAGAGCGGUGAGGCUGGUCCAACAAGCCUGCAGCCUUCAGGGCUACUGAAUAGCAAUGCCAUACGCAAUGGGCAAUUUUCCCUCCUCAGCAUCCUUGGAGACUCAGACAAAACCCCCGGACAAGAGCAAGAGACUCCCGUUAUCUCAACCGAAGAUCCCAUCCAAAUGGAACUUAUCGGUGAAUCCAUUGCUAUAUUUUUGUUCGAGAGUUUCAUCAACGUCCUCAACCCAUACAUCAGCCAACUGGAUCCGAUCCUCCAUACCUUCACAUACACCCGCCGGACAUCGUCUUUUCUACUAAGUUCAGUUCUGGCAGUGUCUGCCAAGAUGUUUAAUCCGGCGUUAUAUAAGCCUUUGCUCAAACACGCCGAGGAUCUAUUCGCGGAAAGCUUCCGCCGUGGUGCGAAAUCUACGGAAAUUGCGCAAGCAAUUCUCAUCCUCACAUACUGGAAAGAGCCAGAUGAUACUCGGACUUGGCUCAAUCUGGGAUAUGUCAUUAGGAUGGGGAUGGAUCUCGGUUGGCAUAGACUUGGGUUGCGGCCUAGAUAUUCAGUAGCCAGGCCCUCGGAAACCGAGGUUAGAAAGGCAAGAAAUGAGGAGAGAACCUGGUUCGUGCUUUUUGUAUAUGAUCGUAGCAUAAGUUUGCAGACUGGAAAGCCCUGGAUGAUAGAACGGAAUACAUUUAUCGAGGCAAUCCAGCCUUGGUGCAGAGAUCCUCUGGCGAUUAAAAACGAUGUUUUGCUUGGCGCGUUUGUCACACUCCGCUUAUUAACGUCUGAAGUCUUCAUGCUUCUGGGAUCAAGGCGCCAGAUGAACUCUCCUAGAAUGACUUCGUUCUUGACCAUGAUAAGCAAUCGCAUUAACGAAUGGGAAGACAAAUGGCUACCAUUGUGCCAUGAAAGCGAUAGCUGUCAUUACUUUCUUGUUCGGUUCUACGGUGCCCAUCUGCGUCUCCAACUUUAUGCCCUACCACUUCAGGAAGUCUUGAAUUCGAAUGAUGAGCACAACAUAACAUAUCAUCUAGAAACAUUAUGGGCCAGCCUAUCAAGCGCCGUCAGCAUGCUUAAAUUAGUCUCACAGUAUGCCUCUCGUCUAUAUUUCGCUCAGGACUCUGUACACGUCAUGACAGCAUAUUCGGCUGCUUUUCUGAUAAAGGUACUACUAUCAGCCCCAGCGCAUAUAACUCGCGAUUUUGAGCCUACUGUGGUUGAGACGAUUCGCACUGCCAGCGCAACACUUUCUCAGCAGUCGGCUCCUGUGGGAUCUAGCUGUUCUCUGCAACGCAGAUUCUUGAGCAAGGUGCUAUCUAAUUACGACGAAAUCGUAAAACGACGGACGAAUCUUAAAAGCAAUCAAAUGGAAGACGCGGCAAUGCCAGAUUCAGGGGACUCUAGGAAUAGUAAUAGGAACAACAAUUACUCCGAUGGUUCAGCUGCCCAGUAUGACCAUAAUACGCCUUCAUCGUUGAUUGACAUGCCUGGAAUAUCAAGCUCCUUGCAAUUUUCAAACUCCGCGGAUGACAAUGCACAAUUUUUAGGGUUUUCGGAAAGAAUGGAUCGUAACCUGGUUGAGAAUGCAUGGGCCGAUGUCUUCACCGCUGCUGGUUUCACUGUCCAGGACGGGUUUCCGUUCAAUGACUGA